ACGAGCCACAGUGACUGUCAACACCAUGGCUGCUAAGGUGGCCUUCUGGCUGGCCUUAAUAAGCCUCUUAAAUUUAAGUACUACUCUAUCCACGAGUCGCAAGAGGCCUUUGAUUGGUGCUGUGGAUAUAGGUAGAGUAGACCUAAGUCACCAUUACCACUAUGAGGAUGUGGAGGAGCUAAGCAAGGCUCUGGCCAGCCAGUACCCCAAGCUGGUGCAGCACUACAGUGUGGGCAAGUCUGUACUGGGACGAGACCUGCUAGUGCUCAAGAUCAGCGAAAAUGUAGCCCAACGUGAUGAGUGUGAGCCCAUGGUGAAGUAUGUGGCCAACAUGCAUGGUGACGAGGCCGUGGGACGAGCUCUGGUGGUGGCCUUGGCCCAGUACCUGGUGCUGGCCUACCAGCAGGGCAACCCCAGGGUGGUGAAGCUGCUCAACACCACUGAGGUUCACCUCAUGCCCUCCAUGAACCCUGAUGGCUUUGAGAUAGCACGGGAAGGAGCCUGUGAUGUGUACGGACACUCCGGCAGAGAGAAUGCCCAUAACGUUGACCUCAACCGAAACUUUCCAUCACAGUGGAAAACUUUGACAGAAGAGUACUUGUAUUCCAACCGUGAACCUGAAACACUGGCAGUCAUGGACUGGAUCCUCCACAACCCCUUUGUUCUCUCUGGAAACCUGCACGGAGGCUCAGUAGUUGCCAGCUACCCUUUUGAUGACACUUCUGUUCAUCAUGACUGCUGUGUGGAAAGCAAAACCCCAGAUGAGAAGCUCUUCCAUCACUUGGCAUCAAUUUAUGCCGCAAACCAUCUCACCAUGUUUAGGGGAAACCUUUGUCCAGGUGAUAACUUCCAAGGAGGAGUUACUAAUGGUGCUUUUUGGUAUGAUGUUGAAGGAGGGAUGCAGGAUUUCAACUAUGUGUUUGGGUCAUGCUCUGAAGUGACCUUUGAGUUAUCAUGCUGCAAGUAUCCCAUGGCCUCUGAACUCCCUCAAGAAUGGGCCAACAACAAGGAAUCUCUCCUUGCCUUUAUGGAACAGGUGCAUAUGGGAGCUAAAGGUAUUGUGGAAGACGCUGACACUGGUGAACGACUAAAAGGCAUGUAUGUGAGUGUUGAGGAGCUCCAUUAUAAUGUCACCACCUCAGACCAGGGGGAGUACUGGAGGCUGCUUAUGCCUGGGGAGUAUACUCUCCUUGCUAGAGGCUAUGGGUACGAGACAGUAAGACAGAAGAUUGUAGUUGUGAACGGUACUGUGUCUCGUGUGGACUUGAAGAUGAAGCGGGAGGCCUCAGCCACAGAGUCACUCCCAGCACAAACACUUCCAAUGGACUCAGAGACCACCACAGCAGCAGCAGCAGUAGAGUCUGAGCCAGAAACAAGCACCAACACUGAAGAGGAAACCACCUCCACCACCACCACCAGCUCCACCACCACUACUACCAGCUCCACCACUACUACCACUACCACUACCACACCACGCCCUCGUCGUCCAGAAGAUGAAGGCUUCCUCACACCACCAGCAUUUAAGUACCAUCACUACCCUGACCUUGAAGCUUUCAUGAAGAAGCUGUCCCAGAACUAUCCCAACCUCACUCGCCUCUACUCUGUUGGAACAAGUGUGCAAGGCCGAGAGCUGUUUGUCUUAGAGAUCUCUGACAACCCUGGCGUCCAUGAACCUGGUGAGCCUGAGUUCAAGUACAUAGGAAACAUGCAUGGGAAUGAAGUAGUUGGGCGUGAGGUGCUGGUGCUUCUGAUGCAGUACUUACUGGACGGGUAUGGCAGGAAUCCACGCAUCACCACCCUCGUCAACAACACCAGGAUUCACAUUAUGCCCACUAUGAACCCAGAUGGUUUUGAAGCUUCUGAAGAAGGAGAUUGUGACGGGAUUCUGGGUAGAAGUAAUGCCAAUAAUGCUGACCUGAACCGAGAUUUUCCUGCCCAGUUUGUAAUGGAUAAGGAGGGUUUCAAGAGACAGCCGGAGACUUUGGCUGUCAUGGAGUGGAUCAAACAGUACCCAUUUGUGCUGUCUGCUAACCUUCACGGGGGCUCCCUUGUGGCCAACUACCCCUGGGAUGACAACCCUCAACAGAAAAGUGGAGAGUACAGCAGGAAUCCAGAUGAUGAUGUUUUCCAGAAGCUGGCUAAAGCAUAUUCCUUUGCUCAUCCUUUCAUGGUAAAGGGAACACCCUGUGGCUCCAGGAUCAUAAGGUUCAAAGACGGAAUCACCAAUGGUGCCAUGUGGUACAGUGUAUCUGGAGGUAUGCAGGACUGGAACUACUUGAACUCAAAUUGUUUCGAAAUCACUGUGGAAGUAGCUUGUUGCAAAUACCCUCUAGUGGAGGAGCUGCCAAGGUACUGGAUGGAAAACAAGAACUCUCUGUUGGCAUACAUGGAGCAGGUACACACUGGGAUGAAUGGCUUUGUCUUGGAUGUAAAUGGUAAGGCAAUCAGCAAUGCAACCAUCUCUGUUGCUGGCAUAGCCCAUGAUGUCACCUCUGCUGCUGAUGGGGAUUACUGGAGACUGCUUGUGCCAGGGAAACACCUCAUUACAGUCUAUGCUGAUGGGUAUGAAGCUGAAGAUAGAGUUGUGGAGGUGCCACACCUUUGGGCUGUUCAAGAAAAUUUCACACUGAAGGCUGACAACUCUGCUGUGUGGUCAGAGCAAGAAGACUUUGGUCUAAAUGAAAAUCUUGGUCAAAAAUAUCUUACCAACUCAGAAAUAAAUAUUGCCAUGGCAGAGAUUGAAAAUCAGCACCCAGAUAUUGCUGAAUUUUUGGCCAAUGAUAAUGAAUGGAGCAUGAAGUUACAUGCUCUACAGAUGGGUGUUCAGAUUGAGAAUGGCUUGGACAAUCGUGUGCGUGUCAUGGUGAUUGGUGGCCUCUAUGGGUCACAGCCAGUGGGGCGAGAGCUGGUGAUGCGACUGGCCCGGCACCUGGCUGCUGGUUGGGCCAACAAGCACAGGGAAAUGCAGAGGUUGCUCCAGAACACCAGGAUAUUCCUAGUACCAAUUGUUGAUGUUGAUGGCUUUGACAAUGCUAAACCAGGAAUGUGUGGCUAUAGCCAGAAAGAUGAGCUUCAAACUGAAGUUGGAGGCUCAUUUUCACCAGAAGUUAGCAAUGCUUAUGCUUAUGCUGUUGUUAAAAUGAUGAGUCAAAUACAACCACAUGCAGUUUUAUCCCUUGAGUCUGGAGGGAUCUUCAUGAGGUUUCCUCGUGAUAAUCCCACAGCAAACCCACCCACCACGCCACAUGAGAACAUCUUCCAGUUUUUGACAGAGUCCUAUGCCCGGACACACCCAACAAUGCUGCUGAGUGAAAACCCGUGCCAUAUCCUCGAUUCACAGGCUCCAUCAGGGGUCAUUCAUGGUCAAGCUCUAGGGGUGUACAAGAACUCCCUCUUAGACUAUACCUAUGAAAAUAUUCCAGACGUUCUCACGAUUGCUGCACAUGUGAGCUGUUGUAAUUAUCCUCCUGGGAGGACUUUGAAGACCAUCUGGCAACAAAAUAAAGAUUCCUUGUUAUCUUUCAUCCAUGCUGCUCACCAAGGUGUUGCAGGCCAGAUUGUAGAUGAGCAAGGUGUUCCACUUACCUCAGCCAAAAUAUUUUUGGAUGGAAAGGAGCUGGUGAUAGGAAGGCAAGCCACCUUCAGGAAACUUCUGCCCACAGGAUCUCACUCCCUUCAGAUAUCAUCUCCUGAUUUGGAGAACAAAACAGUGACAUUUGUUGUGGAGGCACAUAAGGAAACACCGCAGAGUUUGACUCUGGACUCGUUGAAAGAUCCAGAUGUUACAUAUCGCUCAUAUUAUGCCACAGAAGACUACCUACUGAAGCUGCAGUCAAACUUCUCUCAGAUAUCAAAGACUUACAGUAUUGGUCGCAGUGUGCAGAACAAACAGAUCAUGGCUCUGGAAAUUGAUGUUGGUCAGGAGAAAGAAAUGGCCAGACCAUCAGUUGCUAUUAUUGGUGGCCUUGGGAAGAGUGACAGAGCUGCCAAAGAAAUUGUUGUUAAAUUCUCCAAGUACUUGUUGUCUCACUAUGGUCAUGAUGCCACGGUGGACAAAAUUCUCCAAAAUGUGCAUGUUCACCUUGUGCCCACACUCAAUCCUGACAGCAUAGCAGAGGUUCCUUCAGCCAAAAAGAAAGCUGAUACGUGUGACUCGCAAAUAAAUACUAAAAAUGCCCACAAUGUGGAACUGGACUCUUGCUUUGCAGAAAAUGAUUCUGAGAAACCUGAGCCACAAGUCCCUGAGAUGGCUGCUGUCCGCACAUGGGUGAAGGAGCGCAGGUUCACUCUGGCUUUAGUCUUGAGGGGAGGUGGCCAGGGAGUAGCUUUGCCAUAUUCUUCAUCACUGCAUCCAUCACUCCCUCCAGUUGAUCAUGAGAUCUUCCAGCAACUUGGAGCCACAUAUGCUGAAGCUGUGAGGUUCCCAAAGGAAGUGUCAGAAUGUAGAAACCUCACCCUUAUCAAUGGCACAGUUCGUGACUCUUCGAUAAAACCACACAAUGGAAGCAUGAUUGAUUAUUUCUACAAGAACUCUGAUACUUUGGCCUUCAAUGUCUAUUAUGGCUGCUGUGGGUCCCCUGAUGCAUCUACUAUUAGUCGUCUGUGGAGGAAACAUAAGCCAGGACUUCUUGAAUUCCUCAGCAUGUUUUCAGUGGGCAUCAAAGGUCAUGUAACAGAUCUGGAAGGUUCCCCUCUAACUGGAGCCAAGAUCUAUGUCAAGGGCUCUCAACAUGUGGUGACCUCAGGCGAUCAUGGGGCAUGGUGGCGACCUCUGGCUGCUGGGCCACAUGUGAUCACUGUAGAAAGAGAGAACUACUAUGCUGAGACCAAACUUGUGCAGGUUUUGAGUGCACAGACAGUUAUGUUUGGAUUGAGGAAAGAUGACCGAGUAUUGUCAAUGCCAAGGACGGUGUUUGUGCUCUUUGCAGGUUCUGUAACACUGUUAUUGAUGGUGUGCUGCCUGUUCACUGCAUCACUUCGCUCUCAGGCAAACCGAAAAAAAAAAUAUGGAUUUCAGCAAUUGGGUCACUCUGUGGACAUAUUCAAUGAUUCUCCAUCUGCAUCAGACGAAGAAUCAGAAGUAAAGUUUCUGAGAGAGAGCACAAGACCAAAGAUGAAAAAAAAGCGUGUCAACAGGCGUUCAUAUCAUGACUUGGUGUCCAGCUCCUCAGAUGAAGACGAGUUGUUCAUUGAUACUUUGACACAAAGCAAGAAGGCACUACGGUGAUUCUUUACAUUUUCAAACCACAUACUCAAAAAUCAAGAUAGUAUUUCUUUCGAGUUUUCACCUCGCAUGGUAAAAACUUAAUGAUGCAUGUUUGUAAUUAACAAGAAAAUCAUAUAUUUUUGCAGCUAAUUAAAUGAAUGCCAUUGCAUUUGAUUUCUGGGGUUGGUGAUUCAUUAGUUGUGUUCCACUAUUCAUUUCCUCAUUUACAGCUUGUUGCAUUUGCCAGAAGCAUUUAGACAGUAACAUCUAUUCCGGCUAAGUGAUAUAAGUAAUAUUGCUUGAUGGUCUCUUAUAUGUGAUGGUUAAACUACUUGGUGGAAAGGUGUUGGUGUCUGCUUCUUUUGGUGCUAGUACAAAAAGCACAUAGAUGAAUGGAAAUGUUCUUCAGACUGAUGUAAAUGAGGAAAAUGGAAGUCAUGUUGUGAAAUGGCAGAUUGAUGUAAAUAAGGGAAACAGGAAGGUCAUGUUGUGAGAUAGAAGUAUUACUGAUGAAAGAUUUAAUAACCAGAGUAAUUGCUUGCCUCCAUCCUUAAAUAAUAAAGUGAAAUUAAAAAGGAUGAGUCUCUCUCUCUCUCUCUCUCUCUCUCUCUCUCUCUCUCUCUCUCUCUCUCUCUCUCUCUCUCCUGACUGCUAUUUUUUUCUUUUUCUUCCUUUUGUCCCUUUCCUUUUUUUUUAUCCUCUUUCCCUAUUCCCUCUGUCUCGCAUUUCUUACACUGUUUACCAGGCUGAUAUCCCAUACAAAAAUUUUCUUAACUGCCUGUUUACAAUAGAUGCACAAUGUUGCACAAUGUUAUUAUUAUGGACAUUAUUAUUAAUUGUUUUUUUUUUUUUUUUUUUUUUUUUUUGCUUUAUAUAGUCUGGCAUCAUGUCAGGCAGAGGGAUGUGUGGGGAGGAGCCUUAUUAAUUUCCUAUCUUGCUCACAGUAGUAGCUGAUCUGUAGGAUGGUCUGUCUACUGAAGCAAGUAAUCUCCUCCUCUUCCACCCUGCUGUAACUCAUUGUACAUACACACACACACACACACACACACACACACACACACACACACACACACACACACACACACACACACACACACACACACAC